AUGAUCAAAGGGUCGGUGUUAUUGGAACUGCCCGUAAUGUCACUAUACGAGACGUACAAAGCUACGUUAAAAAAGAUCCCAGCGACAAGACUCUCUAGGCUUACGGAGGCACUCGCAAACUACGACCCGGUACUCAAUGAGUACUUUUUUGACAGACACCCUGGAGUCUUCGCGCAGAUCCUCAACUAUUACAGAGAAGGUAAACUUGACACAAAUCCUAUACCAACCCGUCUGGUCAGCGUCGUAUGGUAG